GAUAACCCUUGCCAGUGCGUGAGCGACCGACAGAACCAGCGUACGAAUUGCUGUAAGAAUGAAGAAUCCACAUAAUCUUAAGUUAAAGAUACCCACUAUUCGCGAUUCUCCAUCGCAACUUUAUUUGGAGCCAGUGCAAAUUACAAAUUUUAAACAUUACGAAGAAGAUGAUGAGGAUGAUGGUGUCAGUGAAAAUGAAAAACUCGGAACUACCAAGAAUGACCCGGAGCUGCCACCUCUCUCUUAUUUAAAAUUGUUUAAAUAUUCUACUUGCAUAGAUAAAAUAAUUAUCUGCAUCAGUCUUCUCUGUGCGGUUGGUUCCGGAUUAUCCACACCGGCAAAUAUAUUAAUAUAUGGAACACUGGUCGGAGAUAUGGUCUCCAAAGCGACAGAAGCUGCUAUUGAAUCAGGGAUAAAUGGUACAGAGUCAGCGACAAUGAAUAUUUUGGAUUCCGUCGAGACAUUCGCCAUUCUGAAUUCACUUAUCGGUGUUGCCAUGUUGCUCUUCAGUUACAUCAGUAUAAUGACAUUAAAGUACACUGCUCAAAAACAAGCCUAUCACGUACGAUCGUUGUACCUGAAUUCAGCGUUGCAUCAGGACAUAACUUGGUACGAUUCGAUGCGAAGUGGUGAAGUAGCAAGUAGAUUGACAGAAGACGUGAUGAAAUUCGAGGAAGGAGUUGGCGAAAAAUUGGCGAUGUUUGUUCACAACAUGACAGCAUUUAUCGCAUGCACUGUGUUGGCAUUUUUUAAAGGUUGGAAACUCGCCCUUGUCUGUAUAAUAUCACUGCCCGUUACAUCAUUGAUCCUCACUGGAGUAUCUCAAAUCGUAUCGAGACUUACUCGAAAAGAAACAGAAGUUUAUGCUCAGGCUGGAAAUAUCGCGGAAGAAGUCAUAUCGUCUAUACGCACGGUUGUUGCUUUCGGUGGUCAGCAAUUAGAAGUUGAUAAAUACAAAAGCAAUUUACAGUCGACUUUUAGAAAUAAUAUAAUAAAAAGUUUUUGUAAUGGACUUGGAUUUGGUUUACUUUGGUUUAUCUUAUCGAGACUUACUCGAAAAGAAACAGAAGUUUAUGCUCAGGCUGGAAAUAUCGCGGAAGAAGUCAUAUCGUCUAUACGCACGGUUGUUGCUUUCGGUGGUCAGCAAUUAGAAGUUGACAGAUACAAAAGCAACCUUCAGUCGACUUUUAGAAAUAACAUUAAAAAAUGCUUCUUCACUGGACUUGGAUUUGGUCUACUUUGGUUGGCUAUUUAUAGUAAUUAUGCUCUCUCCUUCUGGUAUGGUGUUACUCUUAUCAUUGAAGACAUGGAUCUUCCAGCGGCAAAUACGAUUUAUAAAAAUUGUAAUAAAGUCGGCGAGAAAGGCGCGCAGUUAUCUGGUGGUCAGAAACAAAGAAUAGCCAUCGCCAGAGCUUUGGUUAGAAAGCCGAAAAUUUUACUUUUGGACGAAGCAACUUCCGCCCUUGAUACGCGCAGUGAGGCCAAAGUGCAAGAGGCACUGGACAAGGCAAGCAAAGGAAGAACUACUAUUAUCGUUGCGCACAGAUUGAGCACCAUUCGUGCAGCGGAUCAAAUUAUUGUCUUGUCAGACGGAAAAGUCGUGGAGCAGGGUACUCAUGAUCAAUUAAUGAUGAAUCGUAGUCAUUAUCAUUCACUAGUCAUGACACAGAUUGUUAACCUCGGCGAUGAUAAUAGUACACCAACACCGCAAAUUUAUAAAAAUGAAGAAGUCGAUGAAGACGAAAAGGAAAUCGUCAUUCUUUCCGAGGAUCAGAAAGAGGUGGAUGCCAGUAAAAACCAAACGGUUUCCAUAUACGACAUCAUACGAUUAAAUUCUCCUGAAUGGCCAUUUAUAACUUUCGCAUUUAUAUGUUCUAUAAUUGUCGGUGCAUCGACGCCACUUUUCGCAAUCUUGUUUGGAGAAAUUCUAGGAGUAAUAUCGCUACCGGAUACGGACGCAAUCCGAAGCGAAACAAAUAAAUAUUGUCUCUAUUUUCUCUUUGGAGGUAUUAUAAUGGGCACAGCAACAUUCUGCCAGGUAUUUUUAUUUGGCGCCGCAAGUGAACGCUUGAUUCUACGUUUACGUGGCUCUCUAUUUGAGGCUAUGAUGAAACAAGAUAUAGCGUGGUUUGACCAUCCCGACAAUGGAACUGGUGCCCUAUGCUCAAAAUUAUCAACCGAAGCAACAGCCAUUAAGGGUGCAACUGGACAACCAAUUGGAGUCUUAAUGCAAUCAGUUAGCGCAAUCGUAAUUGUGAGCGCCAUUUCCCUAUAUUAUGAAUGGCGCUUGGGACUUGUAGGAAUGUGUAUUAUGCCUAUCAUUAUUGUCGCAACAUAUAUGCAGGGAAAAAUCGUUCGACAGGAAACUUUAAAUUAUCAUACUGGCCUGGAAAAGUCUACAAAGAUAGCUGUUGAAGCUAUGGCCAAUAUACGGACUGUUGUUGGUCUCGGAACUGAAGAUAUUUUUCAUCGAAACUAUGUUAGUGCCAUAACGCCAGCAUUUGUAGAAGGAAAAAGAAACACUCAUAUUCGUGCCGUAAUUUAUUCUUUUGCUAGAAGCAUGCCGUUCUUCGCUUAUGCCAUAAUUAUGUAUUACGGAGGAUAUUUGAUAGAGAAUGAAGGACUUGAAUUCACGAAUUUAUUCAAAGUAGCCCAAUCGUUAAUUACAUGUAGUGCAGUGGUUGCAAGUGCAUUAUCACAUACUCCCAAUUUCCAAAAAGGGAUUACUACAGCUGAGAAGGUCAUAAAUCUGUUGAACAGGUUUCCUAGUGUGAUGGAUCCCGUUGAUCCCAAAGAUGAAAAAUGGAAACCUGAUGGUAGCGUGAAUUACAAGGAGAUCAAAUUCGAGUAUCCCACGAGACCAGGAAUUGGGGUAUAUAAUUCUUUGAAUUUGGAGAUCAAUCCUGGACAAACAGUUGCCUUGAUUGGUCCAAGCGGUUGUGGAAAAAGUACAUUGAUUCAGCUACUGCAACGAUUCUACGAUCCUCUGUCUGGUUCUGUUUUGCUGGAUGGUCAUGACUUGCGUGAAUUAAAUAUUGCAUGGUUCCGAAGUUACGUUGGUGUUGUUGGUCAGGAGCCGGUGCUGUUCGAUACGACUAUCGCAGAAAAUAUUCGGUAUGGAAAUCUGGGCGCAACUACGGAGGAAAUUGUGACAGCCGCCAAAGAAGCCAAUGCCCACGAUUUCAUAAUGAAGUUACCAUUUAAAUAUGAGACAAUGGUCGGCGAGAAAGGCGCGCAGUUAUCUGGUGGUCAGAAACAAAGAAUAGCCAUCGCCAGAGCUUUGGUUAGAAAGCCGAAAAUUUUACUUUUGGACGAAGCAACUUCCGCCCUUGAUACGCGCAGUGAGGCCAAAGUGCAAGAGGCACUGGACAAGGCAAGCAAAGGAAGAACUACUAUUAUCGUUGCGCACAGAUUGAGCACCAUUCGUGCAGCGGAUCAAAUUAUUGUCUUGUCAGACGGAAAAGUCGUGGAGCAGGGUACUCAUGAUCAAUUAAUGAUGAAUCGUAGUCAUUAUCAUUCACUAGUCAUGACACAGAUUGUUAACCUCGGCGAUGAUAAUAGUACACCAACACCGCAAAUUCAUAAAAAUGAAGAAGUCGAUGAAGACGAAAAGGAAAUCGUCAUUCUUUCCGAGGAUCAGAAAGAGGUGGAUGCCAGUAAAAACCAAACGGUUUCCAUAUACGACAUUAUACGUUUAAAUUCUCCAGAAUGGCCAUUCAUAGCUUUCGCAUGUAUAACAUCCAUAAUUGUCGGUGCAUCCACGCCACUUUUCGCAGUCCUGUUUGGAGACAUUUUAGGAGUCUUAUCGCAAACGGAUACGGACGCAAUCCGAAGGGAAACAAAUAAAUAUUGUCUGUAUUUUUUCUUGGGAGGUAUUAUAAUGGGCACAUCAACAUUCUGCCAGGUAGUUGUUAAGUUUAUACCUUAUUUUUGUUUAAGGGGGUUCUCUGGUUUGACGGUCUGA